CCGGCUGCAGGUACAUUCGCGUGAUAUACCUGGGCAUACAGAGCCGUCGGCGCAAGGACUACCAGCAUCGCUUCGAGUGGGCCAUGAACUACGAGUACGCAGAUGCCAGCAUCCUGCGCCUGGUGGAGAGCUUCCUGGAGAGCGCACCCCAGCUCGUGCUGCAGCUCUGCAUCAUGCUGCAGCACAACCGCGCAGAGACCGUGCAGUGCAUCUCAACAGCGGUCUCUCUGCUGUCCCUGAGCUGGGUCCUCGCCGCCUACCACAAAGCGCUACGGGAUUCCCGGGACGACUGCAACCGAAUGAGCUACAAAGGUGCUAUGCUGCAAAUCUUCUGGAGGGCCUUGACCAUCCUCUCGCGCGUGCUCUCCUUCGCCCUGUUCGCCUCCAUCUUUCAGGUGUACUUUGGCAUUUUCGUGGCAGUGCACUGGUGCGUCAUGACCUUUUGGGUCAUCUACGGCGAAACGGACUUUUGCACGUCGAAGUGGGAGGAGGUGCUCUUCAACAUGGUGGUGGGCAUUGUCUACAUCUUCUGCUGGUUCAACGUCAAGGAGAGCCGGUCGCAGCGGCGAAUGGCUGUGUACUACCUGCUCGUGUCCACUGAAAACUUCGCCCUCACCCUGCUCUGGUACUUUAACCGUGACAGGGCAGCCACGGAAGCCUUCGCGGUCCCGGCCCUUUGCGCCGUCUUUGCCAGCUUUUUCCUGGGCACCCUCUUCAUGCUGCUCUACUACGGCUUCCUGCACCCGGACGGCCGCAAGUUCCGAGGGCUGCCCUUCUCCUGCUGUGCCCAGGUCCUCGACGGCGUCCCCAUCCCGCCGGCGGCGGCCGAGGCCACUGCGGCGGCCGCGGCAGGGGCGGCGACGGUGCCGCGUGCCGGGGGCGAGCGCGACGGCCCCCCGGGGACGUCGGCGCUCGGGGCCUGCGAGCCCGACAUCUUUCAGGUGCGGCCCGCGCUGCCGCCCCCGUCGCCGCGGCCGAUGCGCCAUGAGGGGCCCAUCAUCCGCGUGGACAUGCAGAGGAAACGGUACCCGGCAUGGGACGCGCACUUCGUGGACCGCCGCCUUCGCAGGACUAUCAACAUGCUGGAGUACGCCACCCCAACGGUGGUGGCUAUCCGCUACCGGGACCUUACGUUUGCCUACGAGCUCGUGGAGUACGAGACGAGCGUCUGAGCGGCCGGCUCGCCCCUCACGACCCACGGCUAGUGGCGGCUGCUUCUCUCGCGCGCACCGCUCGUAUUUUCAAGGUCCUUGUUUGGGAGGGAGAGAGAUCUCGGCGGGGGAAAACAAAACUUCGUCCGGUAGUUUCGGCUUCAGUUUUGGUGCGGCUUGAU